AUGGAUGGUUCUUUUCCAGCGACAGAAAAUAUUGGCAAAUUAUUUAACGUUAAUUUUGAACUAAUUAAAAAUCAAUUAAAAGAAAAAGGCUUAGAAUCAUCAAUUUCCGAUGAAAUUCAUCGACUUAUAUCAACAGCUUCCGUUCUUUUUUAUUUUUUAUAUCAUAGUCAAAAAACAAAAUUUCCUGUUGAUAUUGCUACUAUAAAUCAAUUUGUAGCAAAAGCACGUAAUGAAUUAGAAGGUAUUUCACUUAAAGAUGAUCCAAUUAUUCAAACAUAUAUUGAUAAAGGUGAAUUAGCUGUGAAAUAUGUGAUUGAUACACGUGAAAAAUAUGCUAAUAUUUGUAAUGGUUUAAAAUUGUCUCAACCUAAUUGGGAAUUUUAUAUUCAACAUUUAAUGGGUUUAGACAAACAAAAAUAG